AACCAACCAACAACCAACCAACCACCAACAAUGAUGGACGAGUGGGACUUACAACAGGAUAAUACUAACAUCCAACCCAGACUAAACACCGAACUACUAGAACGAAUACCACCAGCACCGCCAGGAGGAAUCAGAUUGAUCUGCGAAGGAUGCGAGUACAGUCUGUUCCAAGCCAUCCAACCGAUUCAAGAAGAUCAACCAAAGAUCGAAGAACAGACCAUCCUACUCAGUGAACCAGACUAUCAAGAACUAUACUACGGACCACUAUCCAACUUCAUCAGCCAAGGAUUACAUCAGAUCUUCCCAAACUUACACGACCAACACAAGAACGAAUUCAUACUCCACUUCACCAACUUGGAGAUCAAAGUACCCGAAGAUAACAUCUACAGUAAAGAACUCUCACUAUUCGAUAUCGAUCGACUUCAUAUCGGCGCAAGGCUACCAGAUCGAUUGAUGAUCUCAUUAGAGAAACAACCAAGACUGGUCCAUCGAUUCAAUAUCCUAGCAAACUACGUGGCUGAACUAGAGCCAAUUCUCAGCCAAGACGAACUCAGUGCAGUCGAACUCGAUCAUCAUCAAUCAUCUGGUCCAUCAACUCAUGAACCAGAAGAGAUCAAAGAACCCAUCGAUCAACCUAGCACCAAUCCAGAGACUAUAGGGGAUACAGAAGCAAUAGUGGAUUCGGAAGUUCAAGAGGCGCCAGAGGACGCUCACGAGGCUCCAGUGGAUUCGGAGCUUCAAGAAGAGCCGAUAGUAGAUUCAGAGCUUCAGGAGGCGCCAUUGGAAUCGGAGCUUCAAGAGGCGCCAGAGUGCUCAGAGGUUCAAGAGACACCCGUGGAUUCGGAGCUUCAAGAGGCUCAUGAGGGUUCAGAGGCUAACGAGAUUUCAGAGGCUGAGCCUGAACUACUAGGCAAUCAGGCUCCUCAAGAACAGUCAUCCGAACUAGUCCCUAUUGAUAACCAAAAUGAGCAACAUUCCGCUACGACAACGACAACAACUGCAACUGUCUCUCUCCCAAUCGACCCCUCCGACUCACCUUCCUCUUCUCUCCUCCUCGGAGCCCCUCCUAGUUCUGCCAAGGAGGAUCAUCAGCUCGAAUUGGAAUCAGCUCCGGGCACCGAUCACCUCGAGAGUGGUCUAACCGCUACUGCUACUGCUGAUGACGAUUAUGAUGAGAAUGAUGCUCUGGAGAGGGUUGAAGAAGAAGAAGAAGAAGAAGAAGAAGUGGACGUCGAGAGGGAGCAGGGUGGGUGCGAUUUAGAAGCUAUUGACGACGGUCAUCUGUCGGGGGGCGAGCUAGAAGUGACUUCUCUGGUUGUCGAUCAUCUGGUCGGGGGCGAGUUGGAAGAAAUCGAAAAUGAGGUUGAGGUUGAUGUUGCUGCUGGCGCUAAUGACGACGAUGAUGGUGUUGUUGUUGAUGAUCAACUGGAGCUUGACGAGUUGGAAGGUGAUGGUGAGAUAGUCGGAUUAGAGCCUGCGAGUCACGAUCAGCUGAUUGGAGCCGAGUCGAAAGUAAGAGUAAAUGAUCAGGCCAACCUCGCGGGAUCUGAAGUAGAAGAAUCAAAUGGUGAUGAGGAUCAGCAUCUGGAGCCUCAUCCAGACCACUCGGCUCCACUCGUGCCAACGAUUGACCUAGAAAAGAACCCGUUAGAAUCUCAAGCGAGUUUCAACAUGGAUCUCGUAGCUCCUUCUUCUGUCGAUCACCAGGAACUCCUCAUCUCGUCCAAUGACCCCAAUGUUUUGUACAACGAGGUGGAACAUGAGGAGGUGGAACAUGAGGAAGCCCUCGAGAUGAUCGAGCAGGAGCAGAUAGUUCUCGAACCCAACCUCGACUUGGAUUACGACCCGGGCACCGAAUCGAUCGAGCUCUUGGUUGACCAAUCAGUUGGCUAUCCAGAAUUCUUCGAGCAGGUCGAUGGUUCUGGCUCGUCCUCCGACCAGACCGUCAACGGCUUCGAGCAUUUAUCGGAAGAUCAAGUCGACGAGCCAGUCGAGGGGUUUCAGGACGACGAGCAGACCGAUCAGCUUAAGGAACCUGACUCGGAUACUGUUGAAGCUUCCUAUCCUGCUACUCAUCACACCCUCCAUCCUUCCGACAGUCCUGAAACCAAUCUCGUCUCCUCUUUGCCUCCUUCAGACCACAUCUUCCCUCCGCUCAUCGGUUCUAAGCGUAGUCAUGCCCAGGUCGAUGGACUUUUUGUGGACGAUCCCUCGUGUCGAUCGGUUAUUGAAUCUUCAUCCUCUCACGAAUCUCUCUUCCUGGACGUCAAGAAACCGAGGACGGUCUAGACCCUACACCCUCGCUCUUUAUUAUGCUCCCUUCGAUCGAUGCUAAUCUUGUUUCGCACUGCUUAUGGUACAUCAUAUGAAGGGACGUUCAUUGUAAAAUCUCGGACAGUCAUCCAUCGUCGCCCUCAUUUUUCAAGUAUAUUACUCGUCUUCCUCUUUUCUUUCUUAUCGACCUCUCUUUCUCGUUCACCCUUUAUUGUCUCCUGUCGACCUUCAAAUCUAUCUUCUCUCUGUUUCUCGCCUGAGCCUCUCUCACAACAAGUCUUCUAGCUCUCUCCGAUGCACAUUGGCCGCCCUCUUCUUCAACAACAACAACAACUCUCGGUGUUCUCGUCGAUCUUAUCUCACCUGACCAUCUAUUCUCGGUCACUAAAAUUUGCACGUCUCUUCACGUCAUGUCCCCGCCUUGACUCGACGACAGCAACAAAAUCGAACAAAACAAAACGAAUUCCGGCGCAGCUCUUCAUUCAUGGUCGGCUCGGCCUAGUCACCUCGGUAUCUUACAACUCAUCCAGCCCAAAACUUGCUUCAUCCCUCCUCACACGUCGUAUCAUUAUCGCUUACAUCCUCUUCAUCUUCAGCUCAGUCACUUCUAUCAACUCGG